UCUCGGCAGGCGCCGUCAACAAACUCAGAGCCUCACCGAAGCUUCAGUUACCUACAUAAUUUUUGUCCUAGGAAACAGUUUGUUUGCACUGACACUAACUCCGAACAACUCCCGAAAACAUAUUAAACCUAAAAGAGCCGCGGCCCAAGAUCGCCGAUUAAGAAACCAACGACAGGAUCACAAGCUGUCCCCGGUUUCCUUUAGUGCGUUCCGUCUUGCGGUCGCGCUUUAAAUUCUCAGAGGUUACCUUGCAAAUUAUUGUUUUUAGUUUCUAUUGCUGGCUGGCGCCGACCUUCAAGUUUAUCUAUCCAUCAAUCCAUUCAAGAAUAUUUGACACUUUACCAAAUAGGACAAGCAAUCGGGUCCACAUAUAGCCGGAGGUGAGUGAGUGGGUGAGUAGGAGUUGCCCCCAUUCCCGUUCUUGGAGCAGGCAGUCGUGUGACCUGGGUUGUGAUGCACACAAAUGUCUUAAAAAGCCCAAGUCUCCCCGAUUAGUCACAUUUUUUGUACGUUUUUAAUCGGUCGUCGGCAGUUUUGAGAGACUGGAUACUGAAGCGUGCUGUGCUCUAUAAGUGUAUUUUUAUAUUGCCAUUCCCGAACGAAACGGAAGCCUGUGCGUCCCACUUUUUUCUUAUCAAGAACCUGAGUAGCAGGACUCUCCUUCAAACGCAGUACAAUCUCUGACUGCCCGUCGAUUGCGAAACGCGGCGGGCGAUUUGAGGCAACUAAACUGAUUAGUCCGAUCCACAAGAUCGACAGAUCUAUAAGAAAAUGUCAGUGGCUCGAAUGGCGCAGCCGAAAGGCAACACCAACGAACUAGCAAGAAAGUCCGUCCUGGUGACCCUGCCGCCAGUGGUGAAGAAAUCGAGCAAGAGCCGGUCGUUUCACUUCCGUUACAUGGAGCUUUGCCGGGCCAAGAACUUGGCACCGGUCCCGGAGAUCCGCAGUAAGUCGAAUGCGACCACCACCUACCUGGAACUGUGUGGCGACAAGCUGGCGGUGAGCGAUUGGCUGCUUCUCACCGAGGCAUUGCACCAUGACCUGGUGCUCCAGCAGCUGGUGGUGCGCCUGCGUCGCAGCUAUCCGCAAUCCAACAUCGACCCCGUUGACACAGAGAAGCGUGCCAGACUCUUUCGCCAGAGACCCGUGAUCUUCACGCGUUUCAUCUUUGGGAGCUUGGUCCAAGCGAUUGCCAAUUGUGUUUCGAGCAACAAAAAUUUGAGUGUGUUGAAGCUGGAGGGACUGCCGUUACAGGAUGGCUAUAUAGAAACCAUUGCAAAGUCACUGGCCGACAAUGAAUGCCUUGAGACGGUAAGCUUUUCCAAGUCCAACAUCGGUGACCGAGGCUGCGAGGUGGUCUGCAACACGGCCAAGUACUUGAAUCGCAUCGAGACAUUUGACCUUUCCGAGUGUGGCCUGACCUCCAAGGGAGCUGAGCAUGUUGCUGAUAUGAUAAGGAUGCAAAAGAUCACUCGCUUCAGCGAGGGCUGGGAGAAAUCGCUGCGGUAUCGCAGUGUGGACGUGAACACCAUUGGCGGGUUGCGCACCAUCUUGCUGGCCAAUAAUCCGGAGCUGGGCGAUGAUGGUGUCAAGAUGAUAGCCGAAGUCCUUAAGGAGGAUGCCUGGAUAAAGAAAAUCGACAUGGAGGGCUGUGGCCUCACGGAUGUGGGUGCCAAUUUGAUCCUGGACUGCCUUGCACUCAACACGGCCAUCGCCGAGUUCAAUGUUCGCAACAACGAGGGCAUCAGCAAGUUCUUGCUCCGCAGCAUUCGUGACCAACUCGGUGAACCGGCCGAGGAGAAAGUGGAGCCGGAGUACGACCUUAGCUGUGUCAAUGGUCUGCAGAGUUUGCCCAAGAACAAGAAGGUAACCGUAUCCCAGCUGCUGGGCCACAUCAAGACACUUGAGGAGCAGCUUUCCUUCGAACGGACGCUACGCAAAAAGGCCGAGAAGCUUAACCAGAAGCUUAGCUACCACCUAAUGAACACCAAUUCGCAUAACGUGGUUCACGAGAAAGGUAUGGAGUUGGGCGGUCAUCCGCAUAUGGCCAACGAAUAUGUACCCAUUGAGAUAUCACCAGAGGUGAACAAGGAUUCCCAGAGCUACCGACAGAUGCACUUCAGCCGGCUGGUUAACAGUGCUGUCACCAGUCCGGAGGUUUCGCCCCGCAGCGAUAUGGGCACGCUGCGCAAGGAUCAGCAGCAGCAGCAGCAGCAGCAACAGCAAAUGCAUCAUCAGCUCAAGCAGCAAUCUCCAAAUCAUAUGCAGAUGCAGCAUCCGUCCUUGGAUCAGCAGCUCAAGCAACAAUCACCAACUCAUAUACAGAUGCAGCAUCCGUCCUUGGAUCAACCGUUGAGAACGCUGCACGAGGUGGAGGAUAUGGAGCCGCCAGAAGCGUGUGCAUCGGAGACGGAGGAGUCAGCGUUCGAGGACCAGCAAUACCAACAGCAGACGAUGCUUCGCAAGCAGCUCCAGGUGCGCAAGGUACGCAGCGAGACAAAGUAUGUAGAGACCAACACGAAGGAUAGUAAGGCCAAGAACCACGAGUCCAAGUCGGAUCAUGAGUUUGCAAAUGAGAGAGAUUUUAAGCUAAAUCCUGCCGUACAGUUUGAGACGGACAUCGGUGACAGUGCCAUGGUGAGUCCUGAGAAGCGUUAUGACGGCGCCGGGGAUGCUGACUUUGACUAUGCCUACGAGAGGGAGCAGAACAUGGUGAAGCGGGGAUACGAGAACGGUUAUAUGGGCGAUAACUGCGGGCGGACCAUUCCAAAGCCUUCGGGACUUGCGGAAGCCCUCAUUCAGAAGCGUGGCACUGGCAAGGGCUACGGCGGUGGUGAUGGUCAUGUGGCCCAGUUCGUCAACAGUUUGGAGCGCAGGACCAACGCCAACGUUAAGAUGGCGAAAAAAAGGCACAAAGUCAAGACAGAGGAGUCGUUGCUGCAAGUACAGGUUAACGAUAUGCUUAUGGAGAGCUAUAUGUCCAACUACGAAGAGCUCUGCUCCACCGAUGCUACGGUGGAAAAUUCAGACAACUCCGAUACGGAAACUACGGACGCAACGUUACGCGCCGGGUCUGAAUCCGGUUCCGGGAAGUUCACCCCAAUGCAGGUUUUUACGCGACGUAAGCAUACCGAUGGCGGUGUAUCCAUGCCACCGGCGGAUAGUGGUGGCGACGGCGAUGCAGGUGGCGGAAAUCAAAAAUUAUCACCGCGAUCCGCCUUUCUGUCGAUGCAGCAACCGAAACGGGAGCAGUGCUCGUAGGAAAACUCACACACAGCAUCACAACACAGCAGCAGCAGCGGGCGACGGCAAUACUUAUACAACUCAAUUCUACGGGGAUAGGGGCAGGGCAGGGAGGGCUAAAUUUGCAGUUGUUGUACCCCCAAGGACAUCCAAUUUGCACGUCACCGUUCCGCCUUCUGCCAAGCUGUGUCAAAUAAAAAUGUACAAAAACAUAAAUUUUCGCAAUUCCCGAUUGCCUGAUAUUAAAGAUUUACUAUAUUUGUGUGCCCUA